CGCGAACAACACGGCAAACAUCACCAUCGCGAACAGCUCCGAUGAUUUCUACGGCAAAUCUGAAAAGCUAGCUCUUACCCUAGUUGGUCUGCUGCUGUUUUGGCUGUUGCUAUUCAUCGUCGUCUGCGUGGUUCUGCAUUGUUUGAAGGUUAGAAAACGCAAGAAGGAGAACAAUUUCUGUAAAACCAACAACGCUAAAAACGUCGAUGGCCAUGAAGUUGGCGUCCUAGCCCAGAAGUCUCAGGCUCUUUUCAAAUUAGAUCUCCAUCAAACCCACCAACACCAAAGAUGCUCAGAACAUUUCCAGCCUUACUUCCAUCGCAAACAUUUGCAGCAGCAGCAGCAACAACAACAACAACGACACAAAAGGAGCAACAGCAACGGCCAAAGCGAAUUUUUUUACUUCUCCCACAAGCAGCAUCGUCACAGCAGCAACUUCUACAACCACCACCAAAACAGUAGCGGCCACCACAACAACAACGCCACCAACUCGUCAUUCGCCACAACGGCCACGACACCUAACGACGAUAUAACAGAUGAGACCUGCCUCAUUCUCUCGCCAACUUCGCCAUCCACUCAAAUCUACUCUCCAACCACACACACCUCAAACAUCUUUUCACCAUCCAGCACCCCUUGCACUAUGACUCCCUCCACCCCCCUCCCUUGCAUCAGCACAGACACCUCGUGGCUGCCCGAAGAUUUCAAAAUCAACACAAACACGAUGAACAGUGCGAACAACAGCAGCGCUAACAUCGUGAACAACGUGAACAGCAUGAAACAGAAGAACAGUAUGAACAUGACAAACCACAUCAGCAACGCUAACAACUACGACACGAAAGUUCAGAUCAACAUUGGCAACACUUACUGCAACAGUAGUGACAGUUCGAUAAACAAAAUGACACUUCAUGCCUGCAAAUCAUUCAACAAACAAAACUACACCAACAAACUUCUUGAUAGCAUCAACAACAACAACUCCUCCCACGAUGACAACAAAAAUUACUUUAAUGUUACCAGGGGCAUCAACAUUCGGAAAGACAACAACAACAACAGCAGCAGAGUUGAAGAAAAAAUUUGCAUGGCCAAUCAAGAUGGCAUUGUCCGUUUGAAUGACGCAAAUUUCCAAAAAAUGACAAACUCUACUUUGAUUCAGAGGAAAACAGAUCCUGAUGAUGAUGACGACAACAACGAUGAUGACAACCGCGCUAAUGACGAUGAUUACAACUUUGGGCAGUAUGUAGAGGAUGAAAAAAUAAAGAGUACUACUAAUUUUCGCAAGAAACAAUACAAUGAAAAUCUGGCCAGAAGCUCCGAGAAGAGUUGCAAGAACUUCGCCAAGAAAGGGAGAAACUACAAAAAUGCGAUCAGCAACAAAAACAUAAACAACAACCUAAACAACAACCUGAACCACAACAUAAACAGCAACACUACAAACGCAAACAACACCACAACAAACACAAACAUCAACGCUAACGUAAACAACAACAUUAACAACAACUUAGACCAGAAUACAAUGGACGACCGAGAUGUUAUUAAUACAAAUCGAAUAGUUGGUAAUAGUCUCGGAGGCAGAGAAAUUAAUCAGAAAAAUAAUAACGACAACGCUGCUAAUGUUAACUGUUCUCACUGUGAAGACGGUGAAGAUGAUGAUGGUGGCGAUGAGGAUAAUGAUGAUAGUGAUGGUGAUUGUGAUUAUAUCAACAUACAGGCCAUUGAAGAUGAUGACGAUGACGAUGAUGAUGACGAAGGAGGCAUGUUUUCCACAAAGUCUGCUCGUCACCAACAGCAGCUCUUUAACAACUCAAACGUUGAACAUUUCAAUGAACGACAAAUCAACAAAACUCUUGGUGGUAGUUUUGAAAAAAAAUAUACCAAUGUUCAUGAUGGAGUUGAAUCAAUCAUCAACAACAACAACAAAAACAACAACAACAACAAAGACGUCAGUAUUUACACAAACAACAACAUCAAUAGUAGAAACAGCAUCUGCACAUCAAAAAUUUUCUCGCAUCUGCAAAUCUGUUAUGACAGUUUUUCGCCGGAAGUAGAAACUCCAUUCAGCGGAAGUAAGAAGAGUAAAUUGACAAUGACGUCACCGGAAAUAAGUAGCUCGGGAUUUAGUGACUGGAACGGCAAUGUUAACAUUGACUGCGUUAAAUAUGACGCGAAUGUUUUAAAGAAAAGUUACUCUAAUGAAGAUGAGAGUGAUGGAGAAGAUGAAAAUGAUGAGGAAAGUUAUGCUGGUUGGGAUGAUUAUGAUGAAAAUAAAAAUUUAGACUCCGAGAUGAAGUUAAAUUCUCUUGAUUCAAAACACGUGCCAGGAUUUCCACAUUUUCAAGGUCAGCGAAGUCAACAAAGUUGCCAACACAGCCAAAAUUUUCAACAAGGGCAAAAAAAAUUUUUAUUCUCAGAGUUCCUCCUCCCAAAAUCUGGCAGCAUGAAUCAAUCCGACGCCUCAAAAUUGGAGAAAAAAAAGUUAAAAUUUACGAAUUAUUACAACAUUUUAUUUCUAAACAAUGAUAAAAGUAAGAAGAGUCUUAAAACUCAAAAUCGAACAUCUACUGCGUCAACAGCGUCAUGCUCCAACCCAGCAACCUCUUCAGUUCCCACCACCUCCACCACACACCCAUCAUCGACAACGAGAUCUCUCGUUUCAAGAAAAACUCCAAACAUGGGCAGCUCUAUCAGCCUGCAUCGGCGUCUGACACACGCAACCAGCAACAACAACAUUUCAAACGUCAACAACAACAUUUCAAACGACAACAACAACAACGAUGUUGUUAAUAACAAUAUUAGCGUGGAGAGCAAUUCAUUGUCCAAAAGUAAAAAUGAAACUGAUAUGAACAGCUGCGAUGGAAUUACUGAUCAACUGAGCAACAACAUUUGCAAUCAAACCAACCUACACGAAACUUCCAACAGCAUUUCUACUAUUGAAAACAGUUUUAACGUUACUCCAUAUGAGACAAACUUCAGUAAAGUUCACCUCAUCGCUGACAAUAAUGACGAUCUUGAAAGUUACAAUCUCGGCAGUGGUUUGAAAACUGUUAAUACAUCCAACCUUGCAAAGACAGACGCCGAUUUCACACAAAACCUGCGUCAAAUACACGAACAACCUCUACUCUUGCAUCCGCAGAGAUUUCUGCAACUACAAAUUUCACAACAACAGCAACAGCAGAGGAACAUCAUUUCAUUGCCUUCCAAAAUUAAACAAAUUUCGUUGAAUGGAACUAUUACAGACAGCAACGACGCCAAACUUUUUGGCAACCAGACCAUUCCCCAUCAACAACAAAUUCAACAGCAGAAACAUCAACGCUAUUCAUUGCCGAAUCAAAUUGACCAGCAACCGUUCAAAAACCAACUUCAACACCAUCAGGAUCAACACCAACAUGCGCAAAUGCCUUCUUUACAAGAUUCUCAAACAGUUCUAUUUCACAAGCCUCCAUUAAAACCUCAACAUCACCAAUUAAAUCUGCAGAAUCCAAUGCUUCAGAAAGAUCAACAACAAAAUCAACAAUCCCAACAGCUUCUUCAAAAACCCAAACUGAAAUCAUUAACGUUACUGAAGUUCCAACAGCAGCAACACCAGCUCCAUCAAAAAUUCCAGCCCAAUCAACAACAACAACAACAACAACAGCACAUGCUACCUUCACCUUCUCUGGAGAAACCGCGCCAGCCUAUAAUGGGCCAAACAAGGUUAGCAGAUCGCCAUAGAACGGACAUCGCGUCAACUAACAUCUUCUGGUCGCCACAAAUUAAUCACAACAGUUGCAACGACAUCAGUAGAAAUUCUAACAAGAGCAACUUCAAUUUUUGCAACAAUAGCAAUGCUGCUGAAGACGUUGUUUUUGCUGACAACGCUAAUAAAACAAUGCAACGUCCAGACGACGGUCAGCACAUUUACGAAAGACUGAAUCACUUCAGAUUGUCCCAACCUCUUGACCACCAUCAGUCGCAGCAGCAAUUCAACUUCAACCAACCUGACCGUAAUUCAGCCUUCCAACUGGACAACAACAUUUCACUUCACAACAUCAACUCAUCAUCGCCUACCUUACUCCGACACAACAACACCAGCAGAGAGUGCAAGAGUGAUUUGCUCCAGAGAAGGGCUCUGAACAUUCACAACAACAACAACAACCACAAUAGCAACCGCCACAAUAAAAACAUCAACAGCAACUACACUAUCAACCAUAUAACCAAUAACAACAAAACCAGCAACAACAACGUGCGUCAAAACUGCCUAACCAUCGACUCGACAAAAAUUAUUCCAAACGUAAAACAGAAUUUUGUCGAAAAAAGCCGCGAGGACAGAACCACUGAAAAUGUUUGGCGACCAAAGGAUUUGUAUUCCAUUAAUACGAAUGACUACAUGUGCAAUAACGAAAGCAGUAAACUCGCUGAGCAGGGCGUUGGCCUAGAAACGUGUGGCAAAUACAAUGUGUAA